AUGGCUAAUGUUCCGUGGGAACUUAAAGCUCCAAAAAUAAUUGGUGUAAAAUUAAUUGGUAAAUUGAAUGAAUGGGCAAGCCCUAAAGAUGUAAUAUUACAUCUGGCUGGAAAAUUAACUGUUCAGGGUGGAACUGGUCAUAUAAUUGAAUAUUUUGGUACAGGAAUUGAAACUCUUUCUUGUACAGGGAUGGCCACAAUAUGUAAUAUGGGUGCUGAGGUCGGUGCAACUACUUCCGUAUUCCCUUUUACAUCAAGCAUGCACUCAUAUUUAUCUGCGACUAGACGUCAUCCGGUUGCCAUACAAGCUACUUCUUAUGCUUCGUAUCUAAAAGCUGAUAGUCAUGCUCAUUAUGAUCAGAUUAUUGAAAUUAAUCUAUCGGAACUUGAACCUCAUAUUAAUGGUCCAUUUACUCCUGAUUUAUCAACUCCUCUUAGUAAAUUCGCUGAUUUUGUUACAAAGAAUGGUUGGAAAGAUGAAAUAAAAGCUGGGUUGAUAGGAAGUUGUACUAACAGUAGUUACCAGGAUAUGAGCCGUGUCACUAGCUUGGUAUCACAAGCACUUGAAAAAGGUGUACGUCCAAAGGGUGACUUUUAUAUUACCCCAGGAAGUGAUCAAAUACGUGCGACAAUGGAAAGAGAUGGACAAACUGAAAUCUUACAAAAAGUUGGUGGUCGCGUUUUGGCUAAUGCUUGUGGGCCUUGCAUAGGGCAGUGGAAAAGAACGGAUAUUGAGAAAAAUGAAGAAAAUGCCAUUUUAACUUCAUUCAAUCGUAACUUUAAAAAUAGAAAUGACGGAAAUCCAUCAACAAUGAACUUUUUGGCGUCUCCAGAG